UCCAGUGAUUUGUUGUAUUGAACUACGAUUCAUUCGUUUAUGUCAACAAAUUCGUUUGAUUUUUGCUUUUAAUUAUUUAUUGAAAAAAAUCUUUAAAUAUGCCACUAUAUGAAACAGCAAUGCAGGAAAAGCCCCCUGUUGUGUUAGAUAUAGGCUCAGCCUAUACCAAGUUUGGAUUUGCAGCAGAAGCAUAUCCCAGAAAAAUUAUACCCACAGAAGUUAUACUGUCAUCGAGUGGUGAGACAAAACAUCUAUUUGAUUAUGGUGACAAACUGGAGUUUUAUGAUCAAAUGGUGGAUUUUUUGCAGACCAUAUUUUUCAAAUAUUUACUAGUCAGUCCAAAAGAAAGGAAAAUUGUUGUGGUGGAGAAUGUUUUUGGCCAGACAAUUAUACGUGAGACUUUGGCUAAGGCACUGUUUCGUCAUUUUGAAGUUUCCUCAGUACUCUAUGUACCAUCACACAUGAUUGCCCUUUCCACAUUGGCGGUGCCCCAUGGUGUUGUCAUUGAUAUGGGUUAUAGUGAAACAACCGUUAUGCCCAUUUUUAGUGGUGUUCAGGUUAUGCAAGCAUUCCAAGAUCAAAAGUAUGGCGGGCGUGCCGUCCAGGAAGAAAUCAAACGCAUGUUAGUGGCAACCGGUGUCCGUGAGGAGUUACUCAGUGAAUCGGUUUUAGAGGAUAUUAAAGUGCGCACUUGUUUUGUAACGAAAUUAGAGCGAGCCCAAUCUUAUUUGAAAAAUGAACCACCACAAGCCCCUCCAGAUGUAGACUAUCCCAUCGGCGAUGAGGCAAUAAUUACAGUGCCCGGAAAAGUACGUGAAACUGCAUUUGAAAUAUUCUUUGAAGAGAACAAUGAUCGUGAUAGUCUGCCACAUCUUAUUAUGCAAUCAAUACUCAGAUGUCCAAUGGACAUACGCCGUUCAUUGAUGGAGAAUAUUUUUGUUAUUGGUGGUAGUGCAAUAAUAAUGGGACUUCUACCCAGACUUCAACAAGAACUUAAGUAUUUGGUGGAGAACGACAAAGAGUAUAAGGAAAGGCUUCAUGGAGAUGUAACAUUUAAAUUUCAUAAAACCAUUGGUCGUCCAAAUGUAACGGCUUGGAUUGGUGGCUCAUUGUGUGGUGGUACCGAUUUAGUGAACACAAGAUCACUCACCAAGGAAGCGUAUAUGCGCUUGGAAAGAGUACCCGAUUGGGUUUGUUUGGAUGACAAUCGCACAGCCGGUUAGAAAAGUAUUUAUUAUAUUCUCUAAGAUAUUUAUUGUAAUGCUUAAAAUGUUGAAAACAUUUUAAACUUAAGUCAAAAUUUGCAGAAUACACAAGGCCUGUACUUGAAAUGUAAACUAAAAACCAAAUCCAAAUUAU